CGAUGAUUUUGGCUCCCGACCUUUUUGCUCUCAUUCCCUCUCCUCUCAUACCUCAACACAAGCGUCAUUCUUCAAGAGUGAUGAGUUGUUACAACGUCAGAUGAAUUUCGCCUCACGGAUUCGUAAACACAGAUUGUCAUUUCUUCAACACCAAUUUACAGUCGGUCUCCAACUCCCAACCCCCUGUCGCGUGUGAUGUUAGAUCCAUCUUUAUGGACGACAGCAGCGCAAAAGACGCCGAGAUGAUAGACGAAGAAAUGAGAGAUGUGGCUCUCGACGCUUGGAACCGCGAGUUUGGCCAUGAGCGCCAGCUGACCCUAACAGUCCAUGAUCCGGAACCAAUCACCACAGGAAAACAACUUGGAAAAGGAGGAAUGGGUACCGUCCACAGAACAGACCUCCACGGAGUCUCCUUGGCUCUGAAACGAUGCUGGGUCAGGCGUCUCACCUCGCGCCAAUUGAACGAAAUCAAAGUCCUAGGUCGCAUCUCGGAGAAGCGACAUCGCCAUAUUGUCGAGCUAAUCGGAUCCUACACACAUCGACGAAGAGUUGGAUAUGAAGUUGGCAUGUUAAUCUGGCCAGUUGCACAUACAGACAUGGCGAAACUGUUCAAGGAUCUCCAACGUCUUAUCGCUUUUCUGCAUGUGCGCGAUGGCAAAGAUAAGACGAAUGGGUUGAAUUGUUACAUGAGUUCUCUGCUUUUCAUAGCAGCUACCGAUUCAGCACCCUAUCUUCCGACUGAGCAAUCAGCUUGGGAACUGGUCCACGCUUGUCAACGUCGUAUACAACGCAGCGUUGGCUGCAUAGCAGAAGCAGUGGCGCAUCUACACCUCCACAAAAUUCGCCACAAGGAUCUCAAGCCUUCACAGAUACUCUUAUCUCCGAAUGGCUUAUGGCUGACUGAUUUUGGGUGGUCCGUGGACAUGUCUGAAAUGGACAACAGCGUCACCAGUGGCGGUGAAAUAAUCACUUCCAAGUACCAUGCACCCGAACGAGACAACAGACGACCCUGUGGACGCGCAGAGGAUAUUUUCGCUCUUGGGUGUAUCUAUCUGGAGAUGAGCUACGCUAUGUUACGUACAUCUGGAGACCCGACCCCCCCUUGGUCUGACCCUCGUUCAGGCUUCUCGUUCCACGGCAAAUUGAAAGACCUAGACCUCUGGAUACAAGCUCUACUUCGACUCCAAUGUAACGGAACCAUGCACUGGUAUGCACUCGUACGGAUGAUGUUGUCUCGUGUGGACAAAGAACGUCCCACCAUCAGCACAGUCCUCGAACACAUUCACACCACUUCUCAUUCCAGGUUCCGCCUUGUCGAUGCAUGCUGUUACAGGACCUUUCCGAAAGAAUCAGAGGAGCCUUUCUUGGCCGCACUUCCAUCUCAUGAGCCCGACAUCAUGCUACAUAUCCGCCAACUGAUUGAACAACAAGUUGCAAAAGCAGAUAGUCGUAUCUCAUCAAGCUCUUGGUCCAGGUUAGAUCUAAAUGCUCUUCGAGCCUGCCCCGAUUGAGGAAACGCUCAGGUACAAGUAUAUUCCACCGACGCUUUGAAAUGAAAAAGUUUUGCACGAAACUACCGUUGCACACCCCGUCCGCCAAAUUGUCACAGUCACAAGAAUAACUAUACACUGUUGGUUUCUUGAUAUCUCUUGCCUACUCGGUUGUUCACAUCUAAAGACUAGAUAGUGUACAUCCAUCUCAGACACUGCACUUGACCAGGUGGAACAGCCACAAGGUUCGCGUAGAGAAAAGAGUUCUCGGCUGGCGUACAUGAAUGGAUCUCAAUCGUUCUGCCACCAUGUCCACCUCACUCCUUGAUGGGCAUAGGAUCUGGUGAUGGAAGCUAAGACCGCUGAAACUAGAAUCAGUCCAGAGGAACAGGAAAAGCUUCAUACUAUGUAACGCUAUCGGUGCAAUCUUGUUGUG